ACACUUAUAAAAAUAUUCAAUUACUAUCGCCUGCUAGAUGCUAGAAAUAAACCAAUAACAAAGAAAAAAGAAUCAGAAAAGCAGGGCAACGAAAAUCAGGAAAAAAAAGUCAUGAAGCUGCUUCUGUUUUUGUCAUGUCUCCUAUGUACCGAAGCAACGAAGGUUUUUAACGGAACAAUAAAGGAAGCUAUGUUAAAUAUGCACGGUUUAUCAAAACUCGUAUCAUUUUUGAACGAAACUUCCAUUCUUGAUCAUUUGUCCUGGGCCGGAUCGUACACAGUCUUCGCCCCGAACAACCGAGCUUUAUCUGAAUUGAGUGCUGCUAGAAAAGAAGCCUUUAAAAACGACACAGCUCUCCUUGAGGAGAUCAUCAAAUACCAUAUUGCGUUGGGAGUUUACAAGCAUGCUGACCUCAUCAACGAUAAGAAGCUGAGGUCUUUGCAAGACGAUGAAAUCAGAAUAAAUGUAUAUAAAGCUCGACAUGCUACCACAGCUGAAGGCUGCCAAAUCGUAAAUUUUGACAACAUUGCCAGCGAUGGUGUCAUUCAUGUUAUUAACGAGGUGAUGCUGCCACCUGAUGGCAGAAUUGCUGACAUCUUGGCUAUAGAUCCAGAAUUCUCUAUAUUCUACUCUUUGAUAAACGGCACCAAAUUUAUCGAUCUUCUGAAUGAUAAUUUGCUGACGCUGUUCGCACCGAAUAACGCUGCUUUUCAGAAUCAACCUUCCAGUACCAUUCCCCAGAUUCAAGCUGAUCCAGCCUUAAAAGAGGCGAUAGUGAAAUAUCAUGCGGUGCGCGGAAUAUUGUGGACUCCGGGCAUGCACAAUGGUAAGCUGAGAACACUGUCAGAUGACGCUUCAGACCUACUAACUGUCAAACUGAAACAUUUACAUAUCACAGUUCAAAAGGCCCAAAUCAUCAACCGUGACAUCUCUGCCAACAAUGGUGUCAUUCAUACCAUUGACACAGUCUUAUUCCCUCCAUCAAAAAAUGUUAUUGGUUAAAUGCUGCCACAAUUACUAAUGAUACUGCAAUGGCUAUAGCAACCAUCAAAAUAAAGCCAAGAACAACACUACUGUCAAUAAAGAGGAGAGACAUGAAUAAAGGCAACAUUGUAAUACUA